UCCCAGCCCACCUACCAGCUUAUUACCCUCCUCCAACACCACCAACGGAUGACGGUACAAGCUUCGCGGAAUCAAUGGGCAAGUUUACUGGGUUCUUUAAGACCGUUCUCGUGCCUGCGUUAAUAUCGCUUGGGCUCUACCUGAUCCUGCACUACUUUUUGUUGCCUGUAAUUCGUCGUCACCGACAUAGAUAUUCGCAAUACUUGCCGCUGCAGUCCAUCUCAGAUAGAACCACUUCGGCUUCAUUACGUGUCCUUCGCGCGCUGAAUACGUUGGACUGGCGACCACGAUGGGCCAAUAGUCUUCCCGUCUGGCGAAAUUAUCAGAACCAUCAUUUGUACAAUGAUGAAGAACUUUUGGACGAUGAGCUCGGUGAGGGCAUGGUUGGAUUCGAUGUGAAUACGAUUAGAAGAGAGGAGUUGGAAAUUCAAGCCAGUCAUGGUAUAGACAAUCAAAGACGUCUCAGUAGAGAGCUUGAGGAGGGAUUUCGAGACGAGAGUGAUGAAGAGAACAAAGAUGGCGAUCCACGACUGCCACAGCAAUCCCGUUCAGCUGGUCAGCGGACCCCAAGCAACUUGAAUUAAUCGCUCUACAAUAUGUGUUUUGCCUUUGGGAUAAUGACGGCUUAGAUGAGAGGCAUGUCGUCUUAGAAUUGCUGUUUGCGAAAUAAAUGCACAUGAAGCUUUCAAUCACUUCAUCCCGUGAUAUCAUCCUGUCUGGUUCCCCAAAACAAAAUCCAAGCAGUGUCACCGUAAAUUUCGUGGA